CCUCCAUGACGGAGACACCGCUUCAACUUUAAUUUUUCUCCAGUUUUCAGACAUAAAGCUUCCAGAUUGAACCUUCCUCCGGCUGCUCCGAGUGUUUCAUGCUGCAGCUCUGCCGGGGAUGAGCGCUGAGGAGCCGGAUGUGAUCUGCCGGAGCCUCCGCUGAUUUAACGGUUAAAGCUGGAGAGGAAACAGAGAAAAGCAUCAAAGCAAAUGCCAUCUGAGGCUCAGUCCCAGGAGCCUCGGGACAGAGGACCGCCCCCUCCCGUCACUCGGGCCGGACGCAGUGCUCAGCUGGCCAAAGCGGCCGCCACAAGCCCCGCCCUCGAACGGCGGCCCCGCGGACGACCUCGCAAAGAUGGGAGCGGCGGCCGCUCUGGGCCUCCCACCCCCCCUCCUCCUCCUCCUCCUGCUCCCAAAUCAAGGAAGAAGGGGCGGAGCCGAGGACGAGCUCAGGUAGAGGACGAAGAGAGCACGGUCGCCACGGAGACCAAAACCCCCCCGAAGACAGAGGUGAAGGAGACGUCAGGACGCCGUCGCUCCGCCUCCAGGAGGAAGUCCACCCCAGACCCAGACCCAGACCCUGACCCCCCCGCUGACCCAGACCCCCCAGCUGACCCAGACCCCCCCGCUGAGCCCACACCUGAACCAGAACCUGCUCCCAGUGCUGAGCAGGACAGAACCAGUCCUGGGGGGGCAGCCAGGGUCCCGUCCCCGCUGCUGGACCGUAGUCCGGUUCACAGCGCCGCCUCCAGUCCCAGACCCGCCCCCCAUCCUGCGGAGGAGGACCGGCUCAGCCCUCCCCCUCCCCCCAUGGAGGAGGACUGCAGUCCCAGCACUGUUCCCAUGGAGACGGAGGGGGGAGGGGCUAGCGUCCCCCUGAGUCCUUGCUCCAGCCUCCCGGCUUCCCCCCGCCUGGAGGACGAGGACUCGCUGUCCCCCCUGUUCCAGCGCUCGCUGUCAGAGGAUUCGGGGGGCUCGCCCACCCCGAGCCUGGGACACACCGAGAAACGUCUGAAACAGUGUGCCUUCUGUUACCGUGGCGACGAGCCUCCUCUGGGUCAGGGCCGGCUGGUGGUGUUCGGCCCGACUCCCGGCUACAUCCCGCUCCACAUCCUCAACCGCCGCGCCUCCUCCGACCGGGACAGCGACUGCCACGACCACUGUUACCGUGGCAACCAGGCCCUGCCUAUGUGCAGCAGUCCUGGACAGUCUGAGGAGGAGUCUUCCUCAGAGUUUGUGGAGCAGCUCGGAGCCAUCGGCCUUCCACAUGACAUCAACGUCCAAUCACUGUUUGACCCCACAGGUCAGUGCUGUGCUCACCUGCAUUGUGCAGCGUGGUCAGAGGGGGUGUGUCGGGGCGAGGGCCAAUCACUGCUCUAUGUGGACAAAGCCAUCGACUCAGGAAGCACACAGGUGUGUGUGUUCUGCCAUCGACUCGGAGCUACGCUGCGUUGCUGGGAGACGGGCUGCGGGCGGAGUUACCACUUCCCCUGUGCUGCCGCCGCCGGAGCUCAUCAGGACUGGAACCAGAGACACACACUGUGUACAAGACACACACACACAGCGUCCUCUCAGUGCGUGUCAUGUUCAGGCGGCCUUGAUGUCAGCAGUCUGUUGAUGUGUUGUUGCUGUGGUAACUGCUACCAUGGUAGUUGCCUGGACCCCCCUCUGGCCCCCUCCCCCCUGUGUCGGGCCGGCUGGCAAUGUCCGCAGUGUCGAGUGUGUCAGAGCUGCAGGUUGCAAGGGGAUGACAGUGUGUUGCUGGUGUGUGAGCGCUGUGAUAAAGCUUUCCACACACACUGUCUCACACCACCUCUGGAUCACACACCCACCACCGGCUGGAGCUGCAAGAAUUGCAGAGUGUGCCGCCGCUGUGGUGUCAGGUCAUCAGGCCAGUGGGCCAAUCACCCAUUUUUGUGUGAAUCAUGUGACCUGGCCCUGCCCUGCCCUCUCUGUGACCACGCCCCUGACCUCUACUCACCACAGGACUAUCUGACCUGUAUCUGCUGCUAUAGGUGUGUUCAUACAGAGUGUAGUGUCCAGAAUGGGGAGGGCAGGGCGGGGUCAGAAGGUUAUGUCUGCUCCACCUGCAGGACUCAGGAGGAGGAGCUGAUCACACACAGUCCUACCCCUGCCCUUCUACAUAGUCCCACACACCCACACAGCAUUUCACAGCCACCAAUUCCAAAUCAUACAUUAAAACAGGCUUCCCCCAUCAGUUCUACUGCUCAUAGCCCAGUCCAGCUCAUCUGCUCAGAGCCUGCAGAAAGUCCUACCAAGACCAUCUGUACACCGUUGCAGCAGGGUCCUCAGCCAUCUCACCCUGACCCAACAGAGCUCACACAAAGUCCUGUGCAGUAUCACCCUGAUCCCACAGAGCUCCAACACAGUCCUGCACCAUCUCACCCUGAUCCCACAGAGCUCACACAAAGUCCUGUGCAUUGUCACCCUGAUCCCACAGAGCUCACACAAAGUCCUGUGCAGUGUCACCCUGAUCCCACAGAGCUCACACAAAGUCCUGUGCAGUGUCACCCUGAUCCCACAGAGCUCACACAAAGUCCUGUGCAGUGUCACCCUGAUCCCACAGAGCUCCAACAAAGUCCUGUGCAGUGUCACCCUGAUCCCACAGAGCUCACACAAAGUCCUGUGCAGUGUCACCCUGAUCCCACAGAGCUCACACAAAGUCCUGUGCAGUGUCACCCUGAUCCCACAGAGCUCACACAAAGUCCUGUGCAGUGUCACCCUGACUCCACAGAGCACCAACAAAGUCCUGCCCCAUCUCAUCAUGAUCCCACAGACCUCCUACAAAGUCCUGCCCCAUCACACCCUGAUCCCACAGAGCACCAACAAAGUCCUGCCCCAUCUCACCCUGAUCCCGCAGAGCUCCAACAAAGUCCUGCUCCAUCUCACCCUGAUCCCACAGAGCCCCAACAAAGUCCUGCCCCAUCUCAUCAUGAUCCCACAGAGCCCCAACAAAGUCCUGCCCCAUCUCACCCUGAUCCCACAGAGCUCCAACAAAGUCCUGCCCCAUCUCACCCUGAUCCCACAGAGCUCCAACAAAGUCCUGCCCCAUCUCACCCUGAUCCCACAGCGCUCCAACAAAGUCCUGUGCAGUGUCACCCUGAUUCCACAGAGCCCCAACAAAGUCCUGUGCAGUGUCACCCUGAUUCCACAGAGCCCCAACAAAGUCCUGUGCAGUGUCACCCUGAUUCCACAGAGCCCCAACAAAGUCCUGCCCCCUCUUAUCCUGAUCCCACAGAGCUCCAACAAAGUCCUGCACCAUCUCAUCCUGAUCCCACAGAGCUCCAACAAAGUCCUGCCCCAUCUCACCCUGAUCCCACAGAGCUCCAACAAAGUCCUGCCCCAUCUCACCCUGAUCCCACAGAGCUCACACAAAGUCCUGCCCCAUCUCACCCUGAUCCCACAGAGCUCCAACAAAGUCCUGCCCCGUCUCACCCUGAUCCCACAGAGCUCCAACAAAGUCCUGCCCCAUCUCAUCAUGAUCCCAAAGAGCUCCAACAAAGUCCUGCCCCAUCUCACCCUGAUCCCACAGAGCUCCAACAAAUUCCUGUGCAGUGUCACCCUGAUCCCACAGAGCUCCAACAAAGUCCUGCCCCAUCUCAUCCUGAUCCCACAGAGCUCCAACAAAGUCCUGCCCCACCUCAUGCUGAUCCCACAGAGCUCCAACAAAGUCCUGCCCCACCUCAUGCUGAUCCCACAGAGCUCACACAAAGUCAUGCCCCAUCUCACCCUGAUCACACAGAGCUCCAACAAAGUCCUGCCCCAUCUCACCCUGAUCCCACAGAGCUCCAACAAAGUCUUGUGCAGUGUCACCCUGAUCCCACAGAGCUCCAACAAAGUCCUGCCCCAUCUCAUCCUGAUCCCACAGAAGUCCAACAAAGUCCUGCCCCAUCUCAUCCGGAUUCCACAGAGCUCCAACAAAGUCCUGCCCCAUCUCAUCCUGAUCCCACAGAGCUCCAGGAAAGCCUGACACCAUAUAACUUGGAUCCUACAGAACAUCAGGAAAGCCAUACCCUAUCUCACCUUGGUCCAACAGAACUCCAACAAAGUCCUAUGUCAACCCCUUCUGCAGAGCUGCAGGAAAGCCCUACCAAUGUGACUAUCACACAGGCCCAACAAAGUCCUUGCCAGGUCCGGCCCUCUAGCCCUACCCAGAAUUCCACAGAGGAUGAGUGUGUGGCCACAGAGUCUCAGCUGAGUCCUAUGCAGAGUAGUCCCAUGUCUUGUAGCCGUGUACAUUCUCCGCACAGUCCUACCAGGAUUCAGUCAGGGCCUGCAGAGCUUAAUCACAGUCCAUCACCACGUAGUCCUGAACAGGACAACAUUACACAGUCACAGCUUGAUAGACAAUGUAGUCUGAUGAGUAUCAUCACACAGCCUCAGCACAGUCCCCCACAAAGAGGACAUAGUCCGAUUCAAUGUAGUCCUGCAAAAGUCUGCACAUCACCUCCAGAGAGCCCCAUACAGCAUGUCGAACCUACACUGGACCAGGAGAGCCCUGGAUCAAGCAGCCCUGCUCAGCUGCCCUGCGGGGCUGCACAGAACAUUUCUACACUGGACCAGGACCUUGCACCAGGUUACUUUAGCUUCACCCACACAGCAAGAAACCAUGCCUCAUUGAGGCCGAUUUCAGCUCCAUGUAGCCCAUCACGGUCCCCACUCAGAGCCACACAGUGUAGUCUGUCACAGCCUGCUAGCCCAGGGCAGGGCCACUCUACAGAGCCUGUUAUCCUACUUCCUUUUCAGCUUGCUACACAGGCAAGAGUCACAAAAAGUCCAAACCUUGAUGGCCAAACACUGGAAAGUAGCCCUACACCUCUUAGCAACACCUUGGAUCUGUCCACAACUUCUCCAGCUGGUCACCGCGCUGAUGGCCAACCCUUAAACCAGUUUGGUCCUGUUCAGAGUAGCACGCUUAGCCUUGACCUUUCUAGCCCCCGUCACAUACCUGCUGUCCACACACCAGAAAGCCUUGUUCACGUUAGCACUUCAAUGGAACACAGUAGCCUAACUUGCUCACCUUGUGCUGAAAUGGAGGAAAUUCCUCCCACAGCUAGCAGCAUUCAUCAGAAUGACAGUCCAUCAUGCUGCACAGAAGCUAUUGCAGGUAAAGCUAGUCCCAUACACAUCCACAAUGAGUCAGCUGGUGCUAGUCCAACACAUGCCAGUGAAAUGCCUACUAGCCCUGUCGGCUCUCUCCUGGCUUGUGCUAGCCCCAUGCCAAUGAUGACUGUCCCUGCCCAUGUCAGCCCUGUACCUGUGGAGACUAGCCCCUCCACACAACCAGCUAGCCCUGUAAUGCCAACAGACACCUGCUCUGCACAACCAAUCAGCCCCUUAGCAACACCCAACGUUAGAUCCCCAACGCAACCAGGUACCCUCUCAGCGGACGACCCUGUUCCCCCCAUUUCAUCUCAGGAUGAAGAGAUGGCGGUAGCUGUCGACCAUCCAAGUCAUUCAAUUCAUACAGAAACUAGUCCUAGUCAUUCUCCUGACAGGCCACUUCAUGCUAGCCCUACACAUGCUAGCGCAGCCCACACAGGUACUAACAGUGACUGUAGUCUAAUUGGCCCCAUGGAUGCUCAAAAAAGAACAAGUCCCUCUGCUUGUAGUUCCACAGAGCUCACAAAGACGAAUACAAGCCCCACACAUCAUGGUCAGUCAAGCCCCUCACAUGCCCAAACUGUCUGCAGUCCAUCAGAGACUACUGCAGUCCAUCCGAGCUACCUUCCAACUCCAACUAGCUCUAGUCCUCCACACUGUAGGCCAGCUGAUGCUAGCCCAGCUAGUAGCUCUGUUAGCCACAGUCUGAGCAACCUUACCUCAGACUGUAGUGACCACACAAGUACCCCCUCUGAUAGGGUCACUGAUGUUAGUGUCAUCCACAGUCCCCAAAGGUCUAGUCCUCCAGGUUAUGCUAGUCCUCAUCAAAUUCAAAUCACCUCAAGUAGUGCCCAGUCAGGCCCAGUCCAAAGACAGACUCCACCAUUGGCUACCAGCACACACAGCAGCCCUGUACAUGCUACUGUCACUUGUGUUAGCCCUUCUUACAGUCCAGCUCAGGCCAGUGAAACGUAUCACAGUCCCACAGGUGGCUCCCAUUAUGACCCAGCGCCUGACACUGAAGCCAGUUGUGACCUUACCGUGGCACAGCUGAGACCCACUUCGGCUAGGUCAAGUCUUGAUGUGGACAUAGUGGCCAGUUCCAUAAAGCAGGCCCUACCUGACGACUCAUCUGCUGUCAGCCAGUCUAGUGUGAGCCAGGUAGACCAGUCCCCUUCUAGUCCUGUCCCUGACAGGUCUGCUGUUGAAAGCCAACAAAGCACUGCCUUGGUAAGCCCCAUGUAUCAAGGACCGGCUACCCCUGUCGAUGCUACUUCCACUCAGGCUAGUUCUAGCAAUCUUAGCCCUGUCCAUUCUGGUCCCACUCAGGAUAACACUGCGAUGCCUAGUCCCUCAUGCUCUGCACACUCACAGGGUAGCCCUCCUCACACUGCUCAAGCUAACUCUGUGCACAGUAGCCCAGUUUCUAGUACUGUUUGUGGCCACUUGGAAUCAUGUGAUACACAGACUACAGCAAGUCCUGGUCUUACCAACCCUGUGCAACCAGAGGAUAGUCCAAGUCCUGGUCCUACCAAACCUGUGCAACCAGAGGAUAGUCCAAGUCCUGGUCCUACCAACCCUGUGCAACCUGAGGAUAGUCCAAGUCCUGGUCCUACCAACCCUGUGCAACCAGAGGAUAGUCCAAGUCCUGGUCCUACCAGCCCUGUACAACCAGAGAAUAGUCCAGGUCCUGGUCCUACCAGCCCUGUACAACCAGAGGAUAGUCCAAGUCCUGGUCCUACCAGCCCUGUACAACCAGAGGAUAGUCCAAGUCCUGGUCCUACCAGCCUUGUGCUACAACAGGAUAAACCAGCUCCUGGUCCUGGUAGCCCUAUGAAUUGUGAGGCUAGUCCUGGCCCCGCUCCUACUAGCCCUGUACGGUCUGAUCCUAAUCACAGUCCUGCUCAAGCUAGCCUUUUUGUUCCCGGCGCCCAGCAACCAACACAGACCGAGAGGGAAUCUGCAGCCACCGACGACGUCCCCGUGGCUGAGGAGCAGGAGGCAUUGCUGCAACUGAGUGAAGAGGAGGAGGUCCAGGAGCUUCAUCAGGACAGUCCAGCAGAGGAGGAGGUGCAGGAGCUUCAUCAAGAGAGUCCAGCAGAGGAGAUGGUGCAGGAGCUUCAUCAGGAGAUUCCAGCAGAGGAGGAGGUGCAGGAGCUUCACCAGGAGAGUCCAACAGAGGAGGAGGUGCAGGAGCUUCACCAGGAGAGUGCAGCAGAGGAGGUGGUGCAGGAGCCUCACCAGGACAGUCCAGCAGAGGAGGAGGUGCAGGAGCUUCACCAGGAGAGUCCAACAGAGGAGGAGGUGCAGGAGCUUCACCAGGAGAGUGCAGCAGAGGAGGUGGUGCAGGAGCCUCAUCAGGAGAGUCCAGCAGAGCAGGAGGUGCAGGAGCUUCACCAGGAGAGUCCAGCAGAGGAGGUGGUGCAGCAGCCUCAUCAGGAGAGUCCAGCAGAGGAGGAGGUGCAGGAGCUUCAUCAGGAAAGUCCAGCAGAGGAGGAGGUGCAGGAGCUACAUCAGGAAAGUCCAGCAGAGGAGGAGGUGCAGGAGCUUCAUCAGGAGAGUCCAGCAGAGGAGCAGGUGCAGGAGCUUCAUCAGGAGAGUCCAGCAGAGGAGGAGGUGCAGGAGCUUCAUCAGGACAGUCCAGCAGAGGAGGAUUUAAAACGUUUACACCUGAAACAUGGGGAUCCGUCUGUGACUGAAGACCAUCAGUCUCCUCCUCACAGUGCUGCUGCCUCCCCCCUCCCCACACAGCUAGCUCCUCCCUCCCCCCAACCCACCACACCACACUCUGCCUUGCCCCACCAUCGGCCCUCCUCCUCACCCUCAACUUCCCCUCCUGCCUCCCCCCUCCCCUCUACACAGUCUCCUCCUAGAGCUGGCUCUCUGGAGGCCUCCCCCUCCUCGCCCCCUCACAGAACUGCCUUACCCCUCUCCUGCUCUCCCCAUUCUCCUCCUCCCUCCCCUCCUCUGGAGGACCGUCCCCAGGAAAAACCCACCAAUCAAGAAGAGGCUGAGACAGAUGAGGACAGCCAAUCACAUAGUCUGUUUGAACCUGUUGCCGUAGCAACAGAACCCACCAAAGAUGAGCACCAAUCACAUGCCGAGCCUUCGGAGAGGGAGGAGCCAGCCCCUGGUGAGGUGGUUGCUGGGAUACAGCCAAUGAGGCAGAAGCAGGAUGCAGAGGAGACGGAGGAGGGAGGAGCGAGUGAUGGGGAGGAGGAGGAGGUGGAGGAUGAGGCGCAGGGCACGGAUCAGGGGGAGCAGUCAGAUGUAGAGGAGGAGGAGCAAAUGAGCCCUGUGCUUGACCUGGACCCGUCUCUGGACAUGGAGGUGAUGCAGCUGAUGACCUCCUCCUCACCUCCUCCCUCCCUCCUGCACCUCUCCACCCCCAGCCCUCCUCUCCCCCGCCGGGGGAAGGGUCGGACCCUCAGGCCUCCUCCCUGCUCCUCCAGACCUACAGACGACCUCUCCAUCCGUCUCAGGCAGUCUCCUUUCUCCACCGAGGCCUCCCCCGAGACCUCCCCCACCAGACUCCCUGUCACCCCGCCCCCGCUCUAUCCCCUUUCACCUCCUCUCAGGUCCUCCCCCCAGUUUCGGGAGUCUCCUCCUCUCUCUAAGGUUCCUCCUACCACGGUGCUCCCUCUCACUCCUAAGAUCGGCAUGGGGAAGCCGGCCAUCACUAAGAGGAAGUUCUCUCCCGGCAGAGCCAGAGUGAAGCAGGGUUCGUGGUGGAGUAGUAGCGGGGCAGUGAGCCCCCCCUCGUCCUCCCAGGAUUCGACGGGGGAGGGGGGGUGGGACAGCCCUAAGCCCCGUCCCCAGGACUCCCCCCUCUGGAGCAUGAAAGUGUAUUACAGCUCAAAUAUAAACUUUUCUACCCAGAUUUAAACUAAUUUCAAAUAAAAAGUGACAGUUUAUGUAAAACAGACGUUUCUACAUCAUCACGCCAAUAUAACUUUCAUUUUUGAUGCUUUUUAAAGUUUUUUUUGUGUUGGUUUCCCUCUCUGAGUAGUAACCAUGGUAACCAUCAGGCUGCAUGUCAGGGGGAUGCAGAGUCAGACUGGAUGAUUUUUUGGAGGGGGGCUUUUAAUGGGAGCAUGAACAUAUACAGAGUGUGAUUGUUGAUGAUGUGCAUGCCUGCUGAACCUCACUCACUCCAACUAAUAUCUCUGAUGUCAUUAAAAAGGGAGAGAUAAAUGACAGAUGGGGAGCCGGUAAGAAGAGGCAGGAAAAUCUCCCCCAAAGCAAAGUCCUAAAAUCACCAACAGAUAAAGAUUGUCCCUACCAGGCAUCUGUAGCA